AGAGGGCUGGGGAGAAGCGAUGAAAAACAGAUUUUUCCUCCUGCCCCAGGUGACAAACCGGCCAGGCUUCUCCAAACACAGCGUGCUGAGGCUCCAGCGCUGCCCCGGGGGAGGGGGUGGGCCAGGGAGGGGCUGCCCACGCCCACUCCCCAGCCCUCUCCCGCCUGGAGUUCUGGCGUCCCAAGGCCCCACCCAAUGCUGAAGCCACCUGCCCAUUCGGUCUCUGUCCCCGCGUGUCCCUGCACCCGCCAUCCGGCUGACAGGCCCGGGUCCAGCCCCGUCCCUCCCACCAGCCUGGUGCGCGAUGACCGUGACUUACACCGCCCGAGUGGCCAACGCCCGCUUCGGGGGCUUCUGGAAGCUCCUGCUGCUGUGGCGGGGAAGCAUCUACAAACUCCUGUGGCGGGAGCUGCUCUGCUUCCUCGGGCUGUACAUGGCGCUGAGCGCCGCCUACCGUUUUCUGCUGACCGAAGACCAGAAACUCUACUUCGAGAAGCUCGUUAUUUACUGCGACCAGUACGCCAGCCUCAUCCCCGUCUCCUUCGUGCUGGGCUUCUACGUGACGCUGGUGGUGCAUCGCUGGUGGAACCAAUACCUGUGCAUGCCGCUGCCCGAUGCGCUCAUGUGCGUGGUGGUGGGCACGGUGCAGGGGCCAGAUGACCGGGGCCGCCUCUACCGGCGCACGCUCAUGCGCUACGCGGGGCUCUCAGCGGUGCUGAUCCUGCGUUCCGUCAGCACCGCGGUCUUCAAGCGCUUUCCCACCAUGGACCACGUGGUGGAGGCAGGGUUUAUGACCCGCGAGGAGCGCAAGAAAUUCGAGAACCUGAAUUCGUCCUACAACAAGUACUGGGUCCCCUGCGUGUGGUUCUCCAACCUGGCCGCGCAGGCUCGGCGGGAGGGUCGCAUUCGGGACAACAGCGCUCUCAAGCUCCUCCUGGAGGAACUGAAUGCAUUUCGGGGCAAGUGCGGGAUGCUCUUCCACUAUGACUGGAUUAGUGUUCCCCUCGUCUACACCCAGGUGGUGACCAUCGCGGUGUACAGCUACUUCCUGGCUUGUGUCGUGGGCCGGCAGUUCUUGGACCCAACCCGUGGCUACAAAGACCACAACCUGGACCUGUAUGUGCCCAUCUUCACUCUCCUGCAGUUCUUCUUCUACGCGGGCUGGCUCAAGGUCGCCGAGCAGCUCAUCAACCCUUUCGGGGAGGACGAUGAUGACUUUGAGACAAACUUUCUGAUCGACCGAAACUUUCAGGUGUCCAUGCUGGCGGUGGACGAGAUGUACGAUGACCUGGCGGUGCUGGAGAAGGACCUGUACUGGGACUCGGCGGAGGCGCGCGCUCCCUACACGGCGGCCACCGCUUUUCUCCUUCAACAGCCCUCUUUCCAGGGCUCCACCUUCGACAUCGCGCUGGCCAAGGAGGACAUGCUGAUCCAGCGACAGGACGGCGUGGACGGUCCGCUGGGCGAGGUGCAUGGCGACUUCCUGCAGCGCCUCCUGCCGGCGGGCGCGGGCAUGGCCGCAGGCGGCCUGCUGGGCCGGCGCCUGUCCCUGCUGCGCCGCAAGAACAGCUGCGUGUCGGAGGCGUCCACGGCCGCCAGCUGCGCGUGCGCCAACGCCCCCGACGGCGCGGGCCCCGAGUGCAGCUGCGAGGACCCGCUGCUCGACCCGGGCCUGCGUGAGCCGGAACCCGAGCUCCCCGCGGGUCCCGAACCCCCUGCUCCCAUAGCCGGACCGGGCGCCACCACUGCCAUCACCGCCGCCGCUGAGCCCUUCACCUCCGUGGUCAUCCCCGGGCCCCGGGGACUGGCGCCGCCCUGGCUGCCCAGCCCUAUUGGCGAAGAGGAGGAGACUCUGGCCUGAGGUCCUCGCGGCCCAGACCCCAUCCCCCUUCCCCAAAAAAAGACUGCGUGCAGGCGGCUCUCCAGGUCUGAGUUAAGCGUUGUGUGCCUGCGCCAGGUGCACCUGCUCACUUUGGGUGAGGCUGCUUCCUGCGUGGGUCUGGCGAUGUGCUGAGGGCACGGGUUCCUCCAAGCCUGGAGCAGCCCUUGUUCAGUCUCCAGCUCAACACCCCAACCCCUGCGGCCUGACAGCACCUCUCCCCCCAACACACACGUGGCGCGAGGGGAUGGGGGCGUCCUGCCUUCUUCUUUGAAGAUGUGCCUGAUUCCUGGAGGCUGAAAUGACUUCUUGGACGCAUAGUUUAGAUAAUAGGGACUCAAUAAACUCUUAGCGGUGUUUACUCACACGUGCUUAGCGUGACUUCCCCCAAGCGUUAAGAAAGUAAGAUUUGGACAGGGCUGGCGCUGUGGCAUAGUGGGUAAAGCUGCCACCCGCAGUGCCGGCAUCCCACAUGGGCACCAGUUCGAGUCCCGGCUGCCCUAAUUCCCAUCCAGCUCUCUGCUGUGGCCUGGGAAAGCAGUGGAAGAUGGCCCAAUUGCUUGGGCCCCUGCACCCGCGUGGGGGAACCAGAUGGAGCUCCUGGAUCAUGGCUUUCGAUUGGCCCAGCUCUAGCCAUUGUGUCUAUUUGGGGAGUGAACCAGCGGAUGGAAGACCUCUCUCCCUCUUUCUCUCUCUGCCUCUGCCUCUCUGUAAC